UGUCGUGAACUAGAGUCAGAGUUGGAAGCGGAAAACCGUCGACACGCCGAAGCCGUGAAAAAUCUGAGAAGCAAAGACAGACGUUGCAGAGAACUUCAGUUCCAGGUGGACGAGGAUAAGAAGUCACAAGAGCGCAUGUACGAUCUCAUUGAAAAACUACAACAGAAAAUCAAGACCUAUAAACGCCAAGUUGAAGAUGCGGAAGGUUUGGCAGCGCAAAAUCUGGCCAAGUAUCGCCAACUUCAACAUGCUCUUGAAGAUGCCGAGGAACGAGCCGAUGCAGCUGAAAACGCGCUAGCUAAAAUGCGAUUGAAGAACCGAAGCGGAUCGUAUAGGACGUUGUCGCAUUCGGUAAGUACUCGAAUUAUCUAA